UUUUUAAUAUUGAGUAUAAAUGUUAGAAUUAAAAAGUUAAUUUUAAACCGAUGUUUUAAAGAGUGUCGAACUAUUUAAAUUUAAUUGUGUUUUUUUAUAUAGUUAGCAUAAUUACAGUUUAUACAUGGUGGAAACUGGAGGAAACAAUGGGUUCACCGACUGGUCAAGAUGUUUGUGUUUUUGUGUUAUUUCUGGUAAAUUUUGUUUCAGUAACCCCAGGCCAGAAGCUAGACGACCCGUCCCCUGAUGGCUUUAGGAACAACCUUAAUCAGCCGGCGUGGGGCAUUGCAGGGAGCAACUUUUUACGAGUCAGCCCCAACGCCUACUCGGACGGGGCCUACGAGAUGAGCGGCAAGGACCGACCCAACCCUCUAGAGGUGAGUCUGAGAGCCCAUCACUCGGGCCCCAUCUACCAGCCCUCGUCUUACGGCAGGAACGCUCUGCAGGCUUUUUAUGGGCAGUUGGUGCUGGAUGAGAUAGCCCAGUUCUACAUGUCCGGCUGUCCACCAGAGUACGAGAACAUGCCCCUCCCAGAUAAGCAUCCUCUGAGGAACUUCACCGAGCGCCCGCACACCUUCCUGAGGUCGCUCUACGACCAGAGCACGGGAUACACGUCGGCAGGACCUAGGCAACAGAUUAAUCUAGUUUCAUCGUUUCUUGAUGGAGGGGUAAUCUACGGUACCAGUAAGGUCUGGACCUCCCUCCUGAGGUCCUACAAGAAGGGCAUGCUGCUCUCAGACAGCGAAGAUGACGAUGAUGAUGAUGAUGAUAUCAAGUCCAGUUUCCCAGCACACAACACAGAAAGGCUGCCCAUGUUUAACGCCCCAAUACCACGUGAUCACAACAUGAAACCUGUAGACAGAUUGUUUCGUCUAGGCAACGGCAAAGGUCACGAAAAUCCAUUCCUACUGGCACUGCAGGUGAUUUGGUUUCGGUACCACAAUAAAUUAGCUCAGGAUUUAUCCAAGAAGUUUCCAGAACUUUCCGACGAAGAGUUGUUCCAAACAACGAAAAGAAAAGUUGUUGCAGUUUUCCAGAAAAUAGCGAUGAAUGACUGGCUCCCUGCUUUUCUAAACGGCAAUGAAACCAGGGAUAACAACACCCGCCCCACAGAUAUUUCACCUUAUACAAAAUACAACUCACGCACACAGCCUGGGGUCACUCAAGAGUUCCUGGUCGCUAUGGAGUUCAGGAACACAAUCACACCGUCUGCCAUAUGGGCACUGGGGGAGACUUGUAAUUUUAACACCACUAGAGGACGAGGCCCAAAUGGCGAAGACAGGACAGUUACCUCUUACAGACUCUGCAAUCACUUUUGGGAUCCUCAGUCUGUAGUAAAGAAAGAACUUGAGGCAAUAAUUCAAGGGAUGAUUUACACUAAAGCAAAGGUGGAAAAUGGCAAAUAUGUUGAGGAUUAUUCUGAAUCUUUCUAUGGCCCUUUUGAAUACUCCCGCAAUGAUCAUGUGGGUGAGCAGAUCCAGAGAUUUCGGGACCAUGGCUUGUCUGGUCUCAACACGAUCCGCAGGUCAUAUGGACUGGAUAUUUUGACAGACUGGGCAAGGCUUGGUGGUGCUAAUGGUACACUUCAGACAUUAUAUGGUGGCUCUGCACCUAAUGACCUGGACCUCCUGACUGGAGGAUUGCUGGACAAGGAUCAGAAGAAUGGGAUGUCAGAUGUGUUUAGGAGCAUCAUAUUGGAGCAGUUUACCAGGGUCAGGGACACUGAUAGGUUCUGGUAUCAAAACAAAGAUGUUUUCAAUGCAACAGAAAUUCUAGAGAUAGAGGGUAUCAGCUUUGUUGAUGUACUAGAGGAGACUACCCACCUCACAAAUCUUCCAUCUAAUGUUUUUGUUUGUGAUGGAUCAGUUGGACAAUGUAGUUGUAAGGAUCCCCCAAAUAUGGACUAUGUUUCUAACCCAGAAGUUGAGAUCUGCAGUCCCUUGGCCACAUAUGAUUAUAUAACUGGAAGUGAAUGGUCAUUUGCACUUUCCUUUUUGGCACUUGCCCUUGUUAUCCCAGUGUCUAUUGGAGUAUUGUGUUGUAUGGUUAAAAAGAAAAAAGUAGUUAUUGUUGAAACCAAUAAAAGAAAAUCAACUUUGAUUAUGAAAAAUGACAAAAAUAAGUUUAGAGGUAACGAGUAUCUCGGCAAGAGCUCUGGUUACCGAGAUGUCAGAGGUGAGCUGAAGUCAGAUGAGCAGCGCAUUGUCAUCCGCGACCCCCGGGGUAGAGACCUGAGGUAUGUGGACUUCAAGUCAUCUGCUGCAGCCAGUGUGACUCUCCAUCUGUCAUCAGACAAAGAUUUGUCCCUGCUGUGUCUUAAGGUCCCAGGAGAUAUUGACUUAAUCUUACGAUUUCCAGGAUUUGCUAUUCGAGAAAGUUUUGUUGGAGCUCUUGAAAGAUUCUUAUCUGAGAUAGGCAUUUCUCUUGACACCCAGCAUGCCUCAGAAACAUCUCUGUUUUCCAACGCUAAUGAUAAAGAUCAAAGGCAAAAGUUGUUGGACAAAUUCUUCAGAGCUGUCUGCCUUACAGCAUUUGAUGGUACUGGCCUGAAUGAGGAUGAUCGACUGGACCUCAAGGUUGUGGAUGAGGUGAUUCACAUCAAGCUGACCAUGACUGAAUUUGCUGAUGCCAUGGGCAUGCAACCAUCCUCUCUUUUUGUGAAGAAUGUCUUUCUAUUAGCAGACAUAAACAAUGACAGAUAUUUGGCUUUUGAGGAGUUUUUGCACUUGUUUGCAAUUUUCUUAAAAGGAACCGCUGAAGAAAAAAGUAGAUUGCUUUUUAACAUUUAUGAUGUACGAAAAGUAGGAUAUCUCACAAAAGAUGAGUUCUAUCGAAUGAUAAAAUCCCUGUUGGAUCUGGCUGAAAGUGCAGACCUAACUGAUGGCUCAGUAAAAGAUCUUGUCACCUCCAUGUUCAAGCAUGUAGGCCUGACCGAUGCAAGCCAGAUAACGAUACAACAUUUCCAGAAAAUCUUCUGUUCCGAGGAGUACUCAUCUACGCUACAGAAUGCCACCAUUUUGGGUAAAGCUACCCAACAUGCCCCCACACAAAAUGUUGUCCAGAGAGGUGGAAAGCUCACCAGGCGAAACACAUUUAUUAAAAGCUACAUCUCCAACAAGCAUAAGACAAAGGAUGCAGGCAGGAGUGUGUUAGCUGGUGAGCAAUUACCUGCAGGAUCCAGGAUAUCAAAUGCACUGAACUUGACAGUUGGACCAAGACAGUACCCAAGGACUUCAGUUGGUCAGGUCCUGCACUCAGUGUCACGCUACAUUGACCGCUACAGGUUGCAGAUCUUCUGGGCUGUCCUGUAUACACUAGUCACUAUAGGCAUCUUUGUGGAGCGAGCUUUCUUUUUUGCAAAAGGCAGAGAGCAUGCUGGCUUGAGGCGCAUGUCAGGUGCAUGGAUAACAGCUAUGAUCAGGGGGUCUGCCAGUGUGAUCAUGUUCACUUACUCCAGCCUACUGGUCACCAUGUGUCGCAACACCAUCACAGCUCUGCGAGAAACAUUUUUACAUAGGUUUAUCCCAUUUGAUUCGGCCGUAUCAUUUCAUAAGUACAUAGCUGUACUGGCAAUAAUUGGUACACUUGUUCAUGUUGUGACCCAUGCUAUGAACCUCUACUGCAUGUGUACCCAGUCCACCACCAGCAUUAACUGUUUCUUUGGGGAGUACAAAACAGAGACUGACUCCUUUGCUACCUUCCAUUACUGGGCUUAUCAAACUAUCACAGGUCUGACUGGUGUGCUGGUUACUGUGCUCAUCUUUAUCAUGUACGUGUUUGCCACACAAUUUGCUCGUAGACAUGUCUUCAAGGCAUUCUGGCUGACCCACAGUCUGUACUGGCUAGUCUAUGUGUUGACAUUUCUUCAUGGUGUAGGCAGGCUAGUCCAAGCCCCACUCUUCUCCUGGUACCUGAUUGGUCCUCUCAUCCUCUUCAUUAUUGACAGGCUGCAAAGUACCAGCAGAAACAAGGUUGAGAUUUCUGUCAAGAGUGCCACACCCCUUCCAUCAGGUGUUCUGCGACUUGUCUUCAAACGACCAGCAACAUUUAACUACAAAUCUGGGCAGUGGGUGCGUAUAGCAUGCACAGAGCUGAGUGAAACUGAAUACCAUCCCUUCACCCUCACCUCUGCCCCCCAUGAGUCACACCUUAGCCUACACAUCAGGGCUGUGGGGCCUUGGACAACAAAUCUCAGGAAAAUCUAUAGCCCAGGAGAAAAUGAAGAUCUACAAAAGCUCCCAAAUCUGUUUCUUGAUGGUCCAUUUGGUGAGGGUCACCAAGACUGGUACUCAUGUGAGGUGGCGGUGUUGGUGGGUGGUGGUAUUGGAGUCACACCAUUUGCCUCCAUUUUAAAAGACAUAGCGUUCAAAUCCAAGACAGGAAUACAGGUCACAUGUAAAAAGGUUUAUUUUAUCUGGGUGACACGGACCCAGCACAGCUUUGAAUGGCUGGUGGACAUCAUUCGGGACGUUGAGGCAGCAGAUCUCAGGGGCAUUGUUGAUACACACAUCUUUGUGACCCAGUUCCAGCAACGAUACGAUCUCAGGACAACCAUGCUGUAUAUAUGUGAGAGGUACUUCCAAAAGGUGGAAGGUAAAAGUUUGUUCACCGGCUUGAAGGCAGUGACACAUUUUGGCAGACCAAACUUUGAAGAUUUCUUCUGGGCUCUCACAGAGGUGCACAAAGAUGUUUCUCAAGUUGGAGUAUUCAGCUGUGGUCCAGGACCCAUGACAUCAAAUGUGCAAAAGGCUUGCAAUGCCAUGAAUAGCUUAGUGGGGCCAACAUUCACUCACCACUUUGAGAAUUUCUAAAACUAGACAGGCAUUAAGUCUAAAAUGCCUAUACCACAUAUUUUUAUUAUGUUAAACUUGGUUUUCAUUGUAAUGUGGAAUAAAGCUAAAAAAAAUAAAUAAAAUAAAACAAAUGUUACAAUAAAAUAUGUCAGAAAUGCAACACAACAUUGCUAUAAAGAGUGCAAGUAAAAUUCCAUUUGGUAAAUUAGUUUAAAAAUGUCCUCAAUGGGCAGAAUUCCAGCACUUUAUAUCACAUUUAUAUUCUGAUUUACACUCACAAUUACAUGAAUAUUGACACUCACAUGUGCACUUAUAGGAUUGUUUGUUUUACUUGCACUUACACUCAUAUUAGCUUAUUUUUUGUUUGUUUUCAUGUCAUAAAUGUGGUUUGAGAUUGUUGUUGGUUUUAUGCCAUUACUGAAAACUACUAAUUGGGGUCAAGACAGUGGUGAACUUAGGUCAAAUCAUAUUUAAGCCAAGAUAGGUCAGCGUGGUCUGAGAUAUUUGUUGUUGGUUUCAUCAGGGUCAAGAUGGUGUUAAAUUAGUGGAAAGAUAGGUCGCAGUGGUCUGAAGUUGUUGGUCUAAUGGUUAGCAAGGGUCCAAUUAUGGUAAUUUCAACUUAGGUUGUAGUGGCAAAAUAUUGCUGCUAGUCACUUGGACAAAACCUGUGUUUAUUUGAAUCUCUAAACAGAAGUGGUUUUAAUCAUGGGCAGAGUGGGGGAAGAACCUAGGAUCUUUUUAUAUGUGUAUGUUUGUCUAAGAUUGUGUCUGUUCCUGUCAUUUGUUUUGUGUGUAAGUAUGUGUAAACAUGUCAGUGAGUAAGUGUGCAAUUUCAUAAGUUUUUAAGUUUGGUGUGAAAGGGUUUUAGAAUUUGUGAGUGAGUGAUGGAGUGCAUGUUGCUGAGUAUGAGUAAGUAUGCAAAUGUGUAAGAGUGUAUGUAAUUUCGUGUGUAGGAUUGUAAGCCAGUAUUUCAGUGUGUGUUUGAGUGUAAAUGUGUGAGUGUGAGUUCAUUUGUGUGUAAGUAUGCGUUUGAGUGAGUCUCGUGUAAGAGUGAGAAUGUAUAAUUGUGCGAGUAUGUGAUUGUAGUAGUGUGUGGGUGUCUUAUUGAGUUUGUGAGUGCAUGCUUUUGUAUGAUUGCCAGAUAAUGAUUUUGUGACACAGUAACAAAGGCUGUAACAUUGUAACUUUGAAUAUAUGCUAGACACAUGCACAUACAAAAACGUAAAAAAAUGAGCAUUUUCAGCAGUGUUUAAUAUACAUAGAAGCAUGCUAUAAAUACAAAAUAAAGACUGGCAGUCAAGUCUGAGAUGAUAUAGGACUAUCUUCAAUUAUAAAUACAUUAUGAACUAACUGGCCUCAGUUUUUGUCUGUAAUGAUAUAAGAAUAUUCUUUGAUUAUGUCACACUGACUUGUUGCAUCAUUGGCCUGUAAGAGUAAGGAAUGUUUCAUAUUUAACAAUAUAUAAACAAUUCAAUUUCAUCAUUGUCAAUUCACAAAUGUCUAACAUGAUUUUAGUGUAAUUUCAUGAACCAAAUAUAAAUUUAAUUUGUAUCAGAGAAAAAAAAACCUGACCAGGCAAAAAAUGAAAUGACAAUGAAACUAUAUAGUUUACAAUAAAUUAAACUUUCAUUCCUGUCAUUCUCUUGUAUUAAAAUGAUUUAAAUUGAAAAUGAAAUCC